AUGCCAGAAAAUUCAAUCAUCCACGGUAGCUGUAUCUGCGGGAAAGUUGAACUAACUAUACCUAGUAAUUGUCAAAUGACUAUCUGUCAUUGCAUGUCAUGUAGGAAAGCCUCAGGAUCGACACAUAGUGGGAAUUUCUCAGUGGAUGAGAAAGAUCUACAGAUAAUGGGUCAAACCAAGAUAUACGUUGAUAAAGGUAUUUCGGGGAAAGAGGUUUAUCGACAUUUCUGUGGUGAUUGUGGAUCACCAGCGUACACUAAGACAGAGAUCCCAGGUCCGGUGUAUGUCAAGAUUGGACAGUGUGUAGAAUAG